CUUGGGCUUUGUAGCAAUUCUGGAAAGAAAACGAAAUAGGAAAGCACGUAUUUCUUAACCUUCCAUCGGAAAUUUCCAAACCCACCCACCACCACCACAUCGUCUCCUGCCCCAUGAUACCUAACUGGAGAUCUCCUUUAUAAUUUGUUUUUUCUUAAAUUCUAAUAUCCAUUAAUACUUGAAGAAAAUCAAAGGGAAAUUUUUCAUUUCAAUUCCGGCGAAGCUGUGCGAGAAAACCAAAUAUAUUUGUACAAUCGGUUUCUUCCCCCAUGUCUCUUGUACAUUGGAUUCUGAUUUUGAACCUUUGGAUCUUAAAGGCAACCUCGUUGCAAGCGGGAUCGCGGGUGGUACUUCGUGAGAUUGGUCAUAACAUCGUCGGCGGUAGUGAUCCCAAGGACUACGCCGUUGAAUUGAACGCCACGAAUUUCGAUGCUGUUCUCAAGGACACUCCUGCUACUUAUGCUAUAGUCGAAUUCUUCGCUCAUUGGUGCCCUGCUUGCAGAAAUUACAAGCACCAUUAUGAAAAUGUUGCAAAGCUUUUCAAUGGACCCAAUGCUGUGCAUCCUGGAAUUGUAUUGAUGACUAGAGUAGACUGUGCAUUAAAGAUAAAUAGCAAACUUUGUGAUAAGUUUUCUGUGAGUCACUAUCCUAUGCUAUUUUGGGGUCCUCCUACAAAGUUUUCUGCUGGCUGGAGCUCUAAUCAAGCGAAAAGUAAAUUACAUGUAAUUGAUGAUGGGCGGACAGCUGAACGCUUGCUUAAUUGGAUCAAUAAGCAAAUAGGCAGUUCAUAUGGUCUGGAAGAUGAAAAAUUUGAAAACGAGCAUCUUUCAUCAAAUAUAUCGGAUCCUGGACAGAUUGCUCGAGCUGUGUAUGACGUGGAGGAGGCAACUGCAACUGCCUUUGACAUAAUUCUAGAACAUAAGAUGAUUAAAUCAGAAACUCGAGCUCCACUCAUAAAAUUCCUUCAACUUUUAGUGGCCCAUCAUCCUUCCAGGAGGUGUCGGAAAGGAAGCGCAGAAGUACUUGUCAACUUUGACGACUUGUGCCCAUUAGAUAUGUGGUCAUCAGACAAGCAUGAUGUUGACACCAGUAACAUGAUAGGGGUGCUACGCAAUUUCCAUAUUUGUGGAAAGGAUGUUCCCCGUGGAUAUUGGAUGUUUUGUCGUGGCAGCAAGAAGGAUACCCGGGGCUUUAGUUGUGGCUUAUGGGUUUUAAUGCAUUCCCUCUCUGUGAGGAUUGAGGAUGGAGAGAGCCAGACCGCAUUUACAUCUAUCUGUGAUUUUAUUCACAACUUCUUUAUUUGUCAGGAGUGCCGUCAACAUUUUUAUGAGAUGUGUUCAAGUGUUAAAAGUCCUUUCACAAAAGCCCGUGACUUUGCCCUUUGGUUGUGGAGUGCACAUAAUGAAGUUAAUGAAAGACUAAUGAAGGAAGAAGCAUCUCUAAAAACCGGAGAUCCCAAGUUCCCAAAGAUUAUUUGGCCUCCAAAACAGCUUUGUCCUUCAUGUCAUCAUUCCCAAGGUCCCAAAGAUAAAGGAGGCAGUCAGAUCAAUUGGAAGCGGGAUGAAGUAUUCAAGUUCUUAAUUAGUUAUUAUGGGAAUACACUUGUAUCUUUGUACAAAGAAAAGGGUCUUCUAGGAGGUGAUGGAACCACUGUUAUUCUGGAAGAUUCAUCAACGAACGCAGUUGUGGUGCCAGUUGGGGCUGCAUUGGCUAUUGCUCUUGCUAGCUGUGCAUUUGGAGCACUUGCUUGCUACUGGCGUUCCCAGCAGAAGAAUCGGAAGUAUUACCACCAACUACACUCUUUAAAGAACAUAUGAUAGUUCUGAGGAUAUGAGUUCUUUCAAAUAGGAUUAUAAGCAUGGGAGUAUAGAGAGCAACAGGGUGAGAGGGGUGGGGGGAGAGUUGUAGAGAGAGAAGUUUUUGAUAUUUAGGAUGCAACUUUCUGAUCUGAUUUCCUUCCACCACUUUUCAGGCCAAGGAGAAGCUGGAGUUAAGAUUACUAGAACAACAAAAAUAUCGAACACAAUCUUUAAGAUGCCCCAUUGGAUGACCUCAAGCUCCAUGUAGAAAUCCAGAUUACAACCUUGUACCGUUGCACUCGAGGUCCUAUUCUUUUAUCAGUUUUUUUAUCAAGACCGUCCUGAAAUUUAAUUUUGGGUUCCUACAGAUUAACUUAAUCUUCAUUUUUGGCUUCUUUAUCUUGUUACUUAAUUUCCAUUUUACCUUUGACAAUGCUGCUGCUGCUGCCUGCAUGAAUGCUUAGAGUGACUUUUGGGAAUGUCUGAUACAAGUUUCAGGUCCAAUUCCUUCUCUGAACUUUAUUUUGUUCAUAUGAUUAAAACAUUGAAGAACCAUGGUAACCUCUGUCAAUGGUUUACUCGGAAAACUCAAUGGCCCUUGUAUUUGCAUAUAUGGUUGUAUCACUUAAUAGAUCACUUGCAAUCAUUGAUAUCAGGGCUGUCAUGAAUUUCAGAAAUGUAGAAAUUGUACAAUCUUCCACCAAUUUAUUUAGGGAAAUGUAAUUCUUCAAAAACUUUUUUCGUA